UGGAAUUCAUCAUAUUUGAGAAUGAGCUGACUUCUAUUUAUAACCCUGUUUCCUUUUUUUACAUUGAAUUUUGUUCGUGAUUAUAGUUAAAAUGAAGUUAUAUCAGUGUUUAAUUAUUUCAAUAUGUUUUUAUAUCACUCUAUUGUGUUCCACUUCACAAGCUCAGACCACAAAUUCUGAUUCUUCUAAUAGCAAUAAUUUGAAAGCAGAAUUCGGUGAAGGAAAACCUUGUCAGUCAACCGAUGUAACGAAAGAAAACUGCAUUUUUGUCACCUUAUUCAAAAAAUUUUCGAUGAAAUGUAUUCCCGAUGGUUUUUCUUUGAACAGCAGUCUCACAUUAGUCUGGUACUCUUCGAGAAAUGGUUCUGAGUAUUCGCUUGUACAAUCAGGAGACGAAGGCCGCCGAAAAGUAUCCGAUGGUUAUAUAGAAUGGACUUCGAUUAAGGGAGAGGAUGUUGCGUUUUACACUUGCAAAAUUCUGCAUAAGAAAAUGGUCUCUGAUAAAGAAGAACUCGUACCGAUCGGCCAAGAAAUCUUCGAAAUACAAGCAUUACCUGUGGCAGUACCUGUACUCAAAGAUUUCACUGUAAUCGAAGGUAGCACCCUAAACGUAACGUGUGCAAUUGCCGGUAAAGCUAACGGUGUUCAGUGGAAAUACAUUGAUGAUGAGAAAAACGAAAAGACCUUGUUAAAUGGAACCGAUGGUCGAGUGGAAAUGAGACCUUUCAGAGGAGUACCAGAUGCUACAGUAUUGAUCCACAACGUCAAUAAGACACUCGAUCGCGGAACCUACAAUUGUACAGCCACCAGCGUCUUUGGAAACAGUAUUGCAGAUGGAUCGUCGUAUGUUAGAGUUAAAAGCAAAUACGCUGCUUUGGGUCCAUUCUUGGGUAUCGUCGCCGAAGUGAUCAUCUUAUGCACCAUUAUCCUCAUCUACGAAAAGAAACGAGACAAAACCGAAAUGGAAGAAAGUGAUACCGACCAGGGACCAGAAACAAAAAGUAGCCCAGAUCAUGGUCAAGACAGCGUCAGGUACCGAAAGUAAUUCGGCCGAAUUGAGCUUUCAACACGUCGUUACCAUUACUACCAAUUUUCACCAUUUCUGUGCUACUAAAUUGGGAUUCACGUAUUCGAGGCGUUUGCUCACUUAGAUAUUUUAGGCCUACGUAUUGUUCGAUAUCCUCUGUUGAUAUUUUAAAAUAUUAUUUUCCUUAAGUUUUUUUCCUCCUUUCCUUUCUUUUCUUUCUUCCCAUUGCUUAUUCUUUAUUGUACUGUUUGCUCCGGUAUUCAUUUUUGUCUUUUUUUCCCUCUUCUUACGUAACAAAUUUUACUUUUCAUUAUCUUACUUACGUAUUUUUUAUUAUUUUCAUAAAAACUAACCAUCCCUACACCGUGUUGAUUGAUGCCUUUUGUUUUAUUUUAAGUACGUGUGUAUUAUUACAAUUUUUCUCCCAUCUGGUAGAAAGCUAGAGCUAUUAAAUAGGUAUGUAUUAGUUGCACUCAUGCGUUGACAUGGAAAUUAUCAGAGAGGUACUGUCAUCUUGUUCAAAUUUGACCACUGCAGUUGAAGUGCGAAUUGUAAUAUUGUCGAUUGAAUCAUUGCCUCUAAUCUCGUCUUAAUUUCAUCUUCAAAAUUGUAAAUAUUCUUUAAUUUUUCCUCGUGUCAAGUGUACAGAAUAUGGUUCGAUUGAGGCCAAUGUUACUUAAUUGAAAUACAAGCUGAAGUCACGUUGUUUCAAUAUCAAUCGCAUCAAGUACUUAAUGACUCGAGAAAAAUCACGAAUCUAGUAUUUUCAAAUUAAUGAAAUGAAUACGUGUUGAUCCUGAUUUUUUUUUCAAAUUCACAUUCGUCAGUCAUUUUUUAUUGUGUACUUAAGUCACAUCGUUUUUGCUAUGAAAGAAUUCAUAUUUUUUUACUUACCUUUUUUUACAAAUAUUCUUUACGUUUAAAAAAGCUAUUUACCCUGUUUGUUUUUUUUUUGUUUUUUGAUAUGAAAAAGUAACAGCAUUUACUGAAAAUAUUGAUGGUACUCAGUUCUCUAAUCAUUUCUCCGUCGACAUGAGUAUUUUCAUGCAUGUAUUGUAUUAUACUUUACUUAUUAUGUUAUUGUUUUGUUUUUCUCGAGUUUACUAUGUCGUACGAUAUUUUGUGAUAGACCAUUUUAUUAGUUUUUCAAGUGUACAUGUACUUAACUCUUUACCUAUUAUGUUUAUUCUGUAAUUUGCUAACACAUUUUGACUCGGAUGUAAUUCUUUAUCCUUACAUCAUUUCCCAUACAAGGUAUUUUCUGCUCAUUUUUUGUUACUGUAAAUUUUACCCACAAUCCACGUAAUUUGAAUUUUGAAUUGUAUCUAAAUAAUUCAGCAUUGUCUGUGAAGAAUUUUAAUUGUCUGAUUUAAUUUGUAUCGAAACUGUUCUCGUAUGACAAGAAGUAAAUGAGAAUGUAAAAUA